AUGUCCUCUUCUCGAGAUUUGUUAGAGGUUGAUACCGAAGAAUUUAUUGAAAUUGACAGGAACACAUCAUACAGAAGCCUUGGUAAUUGUCCAGAUUUCCAAAACACACCAUUUGCAACAAAGAUUGAGCUGUCAGCAGACUAUCAAGACUCCAAAGUUAUUUUUGUAUCAGACGAGUUGUAUGGAUCAUCUAAAAACUUAUUAAAGACCACAGCAGAUAAUAUUAAGCAAACAUCUCGAGACAAUGAAGAAGAUGGGGAACAAAGUGGUUGGCUUGUAAGACGACAUGAAACGAAAGGCUUUGUGACAAUAGAAUUGGGCGUGCCAGGUAUUGUAUUUGGUGUUGAUGUCGACAUAACGGGAUAUAUUCAAUGUGCUCCAGUAACUGUAUCUAUACAAGGUCAUUUAAAUUCUUACCCGGGAAAGUGGUCAACUAUUUUGCCUGAAACUUUAGUAAAUCCAGGCUCCCACAACUUCUUUGAAAUUAGAAAUAAAGAGGUUUUCACUCACAUAAAUCUUAUUUCAUCCCCAGGUGGAGGCAUUAACAGACUAAGAGUGUUCGGUGAUGUCAUCCCACCCGAUAUGCCAAUGGAUACAAUUUUUGAUUUGACUUCUACAAAGCUUGGUUGUCAUAUUGUCCAGAAGCCACUAAAGAUACUGCGAAAUGACGUGCCAAACAUCUUAUUAAGUCGGUCGAACUCAAGUUCAGAUGGAUGGAUAUGUCCUAGAGAUAAAAACUCCCUUUCUCAACCACAAUACACCACAAUUAAGCUAGCAACAGAGGGCAUCAUUGAUCGGGUUAUCGUUGACACAAAGCAUUUCAUUGGAAAUGCCCCAAAAUCCAUUGUUGUUCAAGGGUGUUCAAUUUUGGAUCAGGCUGUAAAUCAAAAUCAGAUGGAUAAUGUUCAUUGGGUCGAUUUAAUUGUUAAAAAUGAAGAAGAAGAGCAACUUGAUUAUGAUAUUAAUCCCAACAUGGUCCAUGUAAUGCCUUGUGUUUAUCCAGGUCCAAUUACACAUAUCCGUAUACAACCUAUCCCAGACGGCGGUAUCCAACAGAUAACUGUUAAAGGCAAAAUGUAUCUCAAAAAUGUUCCAAAUGUGUCACCUAAACAAAAACGAAAAUCAUCGGAACAAAAAAAUACUUCCAGUUCUACCCCAAGGCAAUCUAAAAGACUAAAGCAAAAGCAUAAAAUAAUUAAAUAA